UUCCUCCGUCAGAGGGCGCGUCCUCAGCUCCCAGCUCAAAAAAAAAAAAAAAUCCCUGAAACUCACAUUCUCGGAGUAUGGAGCCACUUUGACAAAGUGUGGACACACCACCCAACUCUUCACCUUUGCCUGAGGUAACCGGCCCGCGUGAGCUCGCUCGGAACACCUGGCUCGCCGCGGACGCUUCCUCCUCCUCAGGAUCUGUGCAGCGGCAGCUCGGGGUCGGGAGUUGGGACCGCUAAACAUCUCCGUCCGAGGAGGGGAAACGAGGAGAGUGGAGUCGCGAGAGGGGAGAGGACAUGAGCGGAAGGGAAGGCAGAAAUCAGUGAAAGGCGAAGCUGGAUACACGCGUAAGACGCGGAUUCGGGCGUGCGUAAAGGCGCAAAACAAAGUAACGUUCACGGGAUAAAUGUAAACACUGCUAUUUUUUCCCCCUCUCUGCUUGGACACGUUUCCGCUGCCGGGCAGCGUUGUUCAGACUGUGUCGCGGUGGAGGAGACUGAUCCCGGCGCUGUGGAGAGAGCGCUCCGUGUGUUAUCUCCUCUUUUUCUUUAUUGUCCGCCGUGGAAAUUACGCAAAGUUCUCGUCUGUGGCGUUCAAGCGUAGAUGCAAAUGCGGUAGGUGAGUCCCGGCGUACGGACUUGAAACGCUGCUUUCUCUCUCUCUCUCUCUCUCUCCCUCUCCCUCUCGCUCUCUUCCUCCCCACAUUUGUAUACCGGGCUGUGCUGUUUGGUUCACUGAAAUGUGAGACACCAGCGAAGUCGACACAUGACAAACCGCUGCAUCCAGCUGUUUCGUUAGCCGCCGCCGCUCCGCCGCGCUGCGAGCCUUCAUUCACGCCUUUUUGGAUUGGAUAUGCGAAGAAAAGUUUUCAAGAAUGAAGAGGAGAAAAUUCCCGUAGCACGCCUCUGUUUCACGUCUGCUGGAGUGGAUCUGUUGACACGGUGUUGUUGUUGUUGUUGUUUUAGUGUUUUUCGAGCCCCUCGUCAGUUCCAUGCUGUGGCGAGAGCGGAGCUGACAUGCGUCUGGGAUGGGGGAUAUAGCGCGGUGACCUGCUGCGAUUAACGCGAAAUUGCCCGAUUAGCGAGCUGAUAGUGAAUGAGUGAGCGGCGAGGGGAGCCGACCGUGUAGCGCCCGCCCGCCUGCCUGCGCGCCUGCGAAACCAGAAGCACUUCGAGGGACUCGGGUUCGCCCGCUUUGCGAGGAGGUCCUCCGGAGCCGAUAUGGAGGAGUGGAGACAAUGCGGGCGGUGGUUGAUAGACUGCAAGGUCCUGCCCCCCAACCACCGGGUCGUGUGGCCCUCGGCGGCCGUCUUCGACUUGGCACAGGCCCUGCGAGACGGGGUGCUCCUGUGCCAGAUGUUGCACAACCUCUCACCGGGAUCUGUGGACCUGAAGGAGAUCAACUUCAGACCCCAGAUGUCACAGUUCCUGUGUUUGAAGAACAUCCGGACAUUCCUCAAGGUGUGCCAUGACAAGUUCGGCCUGCGCAACAGCGAGCUGUUCGACCCUUUUGACCUCUUUGACGUCAGGGACUUCGGCAAGGUAAUCUCCGCUCUGUCGAGGAUCUCCCACCACAGCAUCGCACAGAUCAAAGGCAUCAGGCCCUUUCCAUCGGAGGACACAGCUCUGAAUGAGGAUGAUGUGUACCGGAGCCUUGAGGAGUUGGCAGAUGAGCAUGACUUGGGUGAGGAUGACAUCUACGACUGCGUGCCGUGUGAGGACGAUGGGGAUGACAUCUACGAGGACAUCAUUAAGGUGGAAGUACGACAACCCAUGAUCAGAUACAUGCAGAAAAUGGGUAUGACAGAAGAUGACAAGAGAAAUUGCUGCUUAGUGGAAAUUCAGGAGACUGAAGCAAAGUACUACAAGACUUUAGAGGACAUUGAGAAGAAUUACAUGAUCCCAUUGAAGCAAGUGUUGAGUCCACAGGACAUGGAGGCUAUCUUUGUCAAUCUUGAGGAUGUAAUUAAAGUCCACUUUGCCCUCCUGCGAGCCAUCGACCUGAACAUGGUGAGUGGAGGAAGUGGCCUGGGCAAGAUCUUCCUCGACUUCAAGGAAAGGUUGUUGAUCUACGGGCAGUACUGCAGCCACAUGGAGAACGCCCAGAAGACACUGGAUGAGUUGAUAGCGACGAGAGAGGACGUCAAGAUCAAAGUAGAGGAAUGUACUAUGAAGGUGCAGGAGGGGAAGUUCAAGCUGCAGGAUCUUCUGGUGGUUCCCAUGCAGAGGGUGCUGAAGUACCACCUACUACUGAAGGAACUUUUGAGUCACUCAACUGACAGACCAGAGAGACAACAACUCAAGGAGGCUCUGGAGGCUAUGCAGGACCUGGCCAUGUACAUCAAUGAAGUCAAGAGGGACAAUGAAACACUGAAGAAAAUCAGCGAAUUCCAAAGUUCAAUAGAAAAUCUUCAGCAGGUGAAACUGGAGGAGUACGGGAGGCCAAAGAUAGACGGAGAGCUGAAGGUUUGCUCCAUCGUCAACCGAACGAAACAGGACCGGUAUAUAUUCCUGUUUGAUAAAGUGGUCAUUGUCUGCAAGAGGAAGGGCUAUAGCUAUGAGCUCAAAGAGAUUAUUGAACUGCAGUCAUAUAAAAUGUCGGACGACCCCAUGAACAACAGAGACAUGAAAAAGUCAAGUGGAAAAAUGUGGUCUUAUGGUUUCUACCUGAUCCACCUGCAAGGGAAGCAGGGCUUCCAGUUCUUUUGUAAAACUGAGGAGACAAAAAGGAAGUGGAUGGAGCAGUUUGACAUGGCCAUGUCCAACAUCAAGCCAGAGAGAGCCACGGCCAAUCAGCAUAACUUCCAAAUGCACACAUUCGAUAAGAACACCAACUGUCGAGCCUGCAAGAUGCUCCUGAGGGGCAUCUUCUAUCAGGGCUACUACUGCUCUCGCUGUGGAACAGGAGCACACAAAGAGUGUCUGGAAGUCAUCACCAUCUGUAAAAUCAAUCCGCUUGACUUGGAACCUGGGAUGUCAUCAGGUCCCAAGAUGGUGGCAGUGAGGAACUACCACGGCACACCAGCGGCUGCGGGGAAGACGCCGCUCUGUUUUCAAACGGGAGAUUUUAUUGAGCUGCUGAAGGGAGAUCCUGACACGACGUGGUGGGAGGGGAAACUGAUACAAACGCAAAAGAGUGGCUUCUUCCCCAGCUCGUGUGUCAAACCUUAUUUGGACCCAAAGCCCUUCCAGUCAUUAUCCAGCCGACAGUCAUCCAGGGAAGCAGACUACUAUGGAUAUCCUUGGUUUGCAGGGAACAUGGAGCGCCAGCAGGCCGACAACCUCUUAAAAUCCCACAGCAGCGGGACCUACCUUAUCAGAGAGAGGACAGCUGAGGCAGAGCGGUUUGCCAUCAGCAUCAAAUUCAACGAUGAGGUAAAACACAUCAAAGUCAUCGAGAAAGACAGCUGGAUCCACAUCACCGAGGCCAAGAAGUUCGAGAGUCUCUUAGAACUGGUGGAGUACUACCAGGCCCAUUCGCUGAAAGAAAGCUUCAAGUUGUUAGAUACCACAUUAAGAUACCCCUACAAGUCGAGAGAACGCUCGCUAACCCGGGCCAGCACACGCUCACCAGCAGCCACCUGCGCCUCCUACAACUUCUCCUUCCUCAGUCCGCAGGGCCUCAACUUCUCCUCUCAGAGCUCAGCUCCCUUUUGGUCAGUGUUUACACCCCGGGUGGUCAGCACAGCGGUGGCCAGGUAUAACUUUGCGGCACGGGACAUGAGAGAGCUGUCACUGCGAGAAGGGGACAUCGUCAAAAUCUACAGCAAGAUCGGCGGGGACCAGGGCUGGUGGAAAGGAGAGGCCAACGGACGAAUUGGAUGGUUUCCCUCAACCUACGUGGACGAAGAAGGAGUGCAGUAAGGCGUGGGCGUCUGCUGGCCUGGCUUUAAAUCAGGAACCAUCUUUUAUCUACUGUUCUCAGAGAAAAUUACUCACUCCCUCCAGGAAAAUAACACAAGGAAAUAAGAACUUCUUUUUUUUUUUUUUUUUUGUCGUUGUUUUCACCGGAUACUCAGUUUUCAGCGAGUGUUUCUACCCCGUUUCUCUAUCUUCAAUUAUGCUUUGCUUUCUGUUUGGAUUAGCUUUUUGUUUCAUUUUAUUAUUUUUUUUUAUUUUUUUCGGGAGGAUGUCCUGUUUAAUUUCUGUACAGGAAAGAAGAAAAAAAAAAACCUGGCUCGCUGUCUGUCAGGCUCUGUGUGUGCUCUGCAGAGGCUUUAUUGAACUGAGGAAACAGCAAAAACUGACUGUGGAUAGCUUUACUUUGAAAAAACAAAAAGGCUCCCCCUUUGUUGCAGGUCUAUGCGCGGUGAAAUAAUUGUACAGUAUAGAUAAUUUAUUGAAUAGAGAUUAUUAUCAUUACUAAUGAUUAUUGUGGGGAAGUUGAUUUUUAGCAGCCAGGAAUCAGAUGAGGAAAAAAAACUAAAAUAAGAAAAAGGAAAAAAAAAAAACAAAAAAAAAAACAGAUGCUCCGUUUCCAUGUUGAGAGAUUUUGCCUUAGUUGUCAUGGUGAUGCCUUGUGGGCUGACACCAGUGGAGGGAAUCGACUUUGUUGACUGGUUUUACUUCUCCAUGUAUGCAUGUGCCCAUGUGCGGCCCACACAAACACACACACAAUGUACAGUACGGUGCCUUUGAAGAAUGGUCGCUUACUGAACCUCAACAUCAGCCAGUGAAAAGAACAUUGCCAUCCCACCCGAACAGACAGUUUGGUCCACGUCCACGGGGCUCUGCUGAAGGAGGGGGGAGGCGCUCAUACAACAUACUGGGGAAAACUCACCCUCCGAGCCAUCGGAAUUAAAAAAAAAACAACACGGCGAAGCAUUUAACUUAUACUGACUGCUGGCUGGAUGGACUCACCGAGACAGGUGGAGGGUUUUUAUAGCCAACAACCAUCACAUACACAGUUCUUGUCGGUCGGGGCAUCACGAGUCAACGGGUGCAGUCAGCUGGAUGCGCAAAAGGGAAACAUCAAGACAUUCCACUCGACUACCACUUCACACUUUUAAAAAACUCGGUGUUCAUUGUUUCGUUGUUUGAGUUCUUUGCACAGAAUCAAGAUUAUUUUUUAAGUUUUGAGAACUGGACUAAUGUGUUUUGUUUAUUUGAAGCCAAAUUCAGCCAUGUUUUAAUGUCUGCAUGGAGUUUGCUCGAUUGUUAUGAUUUUUUUGUACUUUGCCUUAUUUUUACAGAUGAUCAGGUGACGGGAUUUUUCUUUUUCCCUUAAUGUUAAUCAUUUUCUCAUGUGUGAAAUCCAUUUUUGGUGCUGUGCAGACUGGUGAAAAUCUAAUAAUCGCGGCGGAAGGUUUUGAAUCUGAAGGAAAACUUUGUGUGCUGAUCAACGCGAAUCCACGGAAGGAGCCCCUAAUCGUUUUGUGAUUAUUCUCGAGAUGCAGUGCUCAGUGUUUGCUUCCAGUAAUUUCAUAAUGCUAUAAAAAACUUUUACAGAUUUACAGCCAUAGUCCGCAGUGUGUUGGCGUACACCUUUCAUCAGUCUUCUAUUGAGAGUCUAGAUGUGCCAGACCACUUUCUAAUUUUAAUUAUAUAGAUAUUCAGUUGUUUAUUGUCCCUGUUAACUCAUUUAAUAUACAGUAUAUUGACUCCAGCUCUGUUUAUAUGGCCUUACCAUUAACCUCUAUAUCUGCCUCCUACACAUUUCAGUAUUGAACUUUGGUACUUAACUGUUUUUUUUUUCCUCGCAUUUGAAAAUAUCACAGUACACAAGAAAAUAAUAAAUGCUUUACUGGAAAUGGGAAAUUUUAUAGAGUCGCUAAAGACUGAUGUUUAUUGGAGACUGUUCUCUUGCUGCAAAUGGGUUCAAAAUAAGUCAAUUUUAAUCACACAGUAAAUCAUUUCUACCUUUUCAAAACGGCCUUUUAAUCAAAACAAUGAAAAAAAAGAAGACAUAGUUUGAUGAUGUCAUGAAGUUGCAGGGUAGUGGACUUCCCUGUUAAACAACCACCAUUGCCAGUGCAAAUUCAUGAGAAGUGACUCUGGCAAUUUUUCACAGAUUAAGUUAUGUAAAAAUUAAGUAAAUUUAAUCUACCUUAAAUUAAUGUCCAUGGACUUCCUUCUUUGCUCUUUGACGCAUCAUCAGCUGUUUCAAUGGAAGUUACUAAGUAAAACACACCAUAACCUAGUUCAGGUGUUGUGCAAAAUUAAUGUUCACUUUUUCAUACAAGCAUGAAAUUGGAUACACUUGAACCCCUGAACAUUCACAGAAAUGGGCCCAUACGCUGAGUUGUUAAAUGGAUCCCACUGCUUUUCUUGCAAGACCUGCCCUUAUUUGCCUGUGAUGGCUUGCGUUUAUCGUAUUCACCAGAAGCCUCGACAGCUUUGUGGUCCUGGUGGUACCCUGAUUCCGUGUUUAAAACAUCCAUAUAGUGGCAAGAAAUGCAGUGUUAAAGGUUACUGUCAAAGUAGCCUUGGCAAGUAAGUUGACAGAUUCUUGUGAUCCUGAUAGAUCCAGGGUGCUUCUUCCUAUCUGCAUGUACAGUCAGGGUCUGGUGUUAAUGGUAUUGUCUGUGUUUCUCUUGGUUUUAAAACAAACAACUGGCAGUGAUGGAGCUGACACAAAAAAAAACCCUGUAUUUUCUCCGGUAAACACACCAUCAUAGUUUGCCUUGCAUCUUGGCCUCUUGAAGAGGUCGGCGUGUUUAUUGGGAAUACAACAGUUCAUAAACCGCUGAGCCAUGCGAAGAACAGAACCAACCAGAGCUGACAGGACUAUGAAUUCACUGUUUAAAUCAAGCAUAGAAAGGGUAAGGGUAGUUCAAUCAGAGUCCAAAAAAAAAAAAACA